AUGGCCAAGAAGUAUGAUCUGCAACGCCCGCGCCGGGAGAGUGCCCCCUCUCCUCCUGAGGAGACUCCAAAAACAAACCGAGUCCCGAAAACUCCAGCUUUCUCUCCUCAGAGACCCCCGCCAGCAGUGGCAGGCCCGUCGACGACACGUUUGCCUUCAUCAUCUCGGCCGUUUGGUAUACAUCAAGGUCCGAUUCCACCGCCAUACCAUGAGCCUAUUGGUGCGCCUGGGCCUUCCCGCGGUGUCAGCUACGCAGACGCCUUGAGGUCGUGCCUGGCCCACCCUACGGCUUCUGUCGGAGAGAAACGGAAGGGGAAGGCUAUCGAUGAUAGUUUGGGGCCCCCACGUCGGCGUGCUCGUAAAACUUCCAUUGAAGAAGAGGUUAUUGAGGGUAUCAAUGAGGUGAGACGAAGGCAAUCUGCUGAGUUUGGCGAGAUGAGAGAACGACCAGAUCCAACCAACCCAGAUACACCACCGAAACAAAUCACACCACCGCCACGGUUCAAGCCAAAGUACCCCUCCAAGUACUGCGCGCCAAUUUUGGACCUGCCAGAUGGUGUUGGCGACGAUGGGGACUCCGAUGACAGCGACGAAGCCUUAUCUAAACAAGCUGGUAACUUGACUAUCCGCAGGACAGCUCUUGAUCUACUUAGCCCACUUGGUAACAGGAUUUCAAGCUUCAUUAACUUUCGUCCUUACAUCCAGGGCCCCCUUUCUCCAUAUAGAACAAGAACCCCGGUCCUGGAGGCUCAAAAAGUAGACGCUGCUACCAAUCAGCACCAAUGUUACCCGACGGACUCCAGUAAUUCUUCCCCACUAGGCAGUGACGGGUCGGGAUUUUCCAAUAUAGAAGCCCCUGUUGCGCCUCCAGGUCUCUUCAUUGAGGACAAUAAUCAGCCUUGGCCUAAGGAAACGGACCCAACAAUCUGCCCAAACCAAGCUAUCGAUCUUAGUGCAUCAUUGCCGACGGCCCCCUCUCGUCGGCCCCAUCGUCCUACUAGCUCCACCGGUACCGAAGACGGCUCUAGUUCUAGCAGUGGAUCAGGCUGA